UACAUGUUAACCAGCGAAUUUAAGUUAACAUCGUAUGAAGUUGUAAUAUUUGUUUAUAGAACUUGCGUAUACAAAUCGGCCUUACCACGCCCUAAGCAACUUCAAAUCAGAUCUGCACCUCCGUUAGCAACCACCGUUGUCCACGACCGGCGUGUAUCACUGUCACCGGAAUAUCAUCGGUUAAUUUUUCCGCUCAUGGUUAGGUUAUGAAGAAUAUACCUGACAGGACUGAUACAAACUCAACUGAUUCUUCAGAUAGAAAUUGUGCUUCCGUCUGCUCUGAGGCAGGACCAAGCAACUGCAGAUCUCUAAAGUCUUCUUUGUGGCCAGGAAUCUUGGUUUCUGCCUUUUCAGUUUUUGAUACCCACGGCGAGUCUAGUGAUUUUCAGAAGAAGAACCAAGUAACCAGUACUAAAGGCCACAGUUGGACUGCAGCUGUGAAGAGAGUUAUAAACGCUGGUUCAAUGAGGAGGAUUCAGGAACGUGUUUUGGGGUACAAGAGUAUUUCUAGCUCAGUAAGUGAUAUAUGGCUUCUAGGAGUCUGCUAUAAAGUUUGUUUGGAAGACUCGUCUCAAGAACCAGUUAAUACAAAUGGAUAUGCUGCAUUUUCUGAAGAUUUUUCUUCAAGAAUCUUGAUGACAUACCGCAAAGGUUUUGCGUCUAUUGGCGAUUCAAAGUAUACGAGUGAUGUAAAUUGGGGUUGCAUGCUUCGAAGUAGUCAGAUGCUAGUUGCUCAGGCAUUGCUAAUUCAUCGACUAGGCAGAUCUUGGAGGAAGCCUUUGCACCAGCCUUAUGAUCGAGAUUAUAUUGAAUUACUUCACAUGUUUGGUGAUUCUGAGGAUUCACCUUUCUCCAUUCACAAUCUUCUUAAAUCUGGAGAGAGUUAUGCACUUGCUCCAGGAUCAUGGGUGGGGCCAUAUGCCAUGUGUCGCACUUGGGAGACUCUCGCCCGUCGUAAGAUAGAGGAAAAUGAAGUGCAAGAUAAAUCAUUUCCGAUGGCCAUAUACGUUGUCGCUGGAGAUGAAGAUGGUGAACGUGGUGGAGCUCCAGUUCUUUGCAUUGAAGAUGCAUUAGAAAAUUGUUCUGAAUUUUCAAGAGGCCAAUCUGAGUGGUCACCUAUCCUCUUACUGGUUCCUUUGGUUCUAGGUCUUGACAAAGUAAAUCCUAGGUAUCUACCAUUGCUGGCUGCCACAUUUACCUUUCCCCAGAGCCUUGGCAUAUUGGGUGGUAGGCCUGGUGCUUCAACGUAUCUUAUUGGUGUGCAAGAUGAUAAAGUGUUUUAUCUUGAUCCACAUGAAGUUCAACAGGCAGUUAACACAACAAUAGAUAAUCUGGAGGCUGAUACUUCAUCGUACCACUGCAAUGUUAUACGACAAAUUCCUCUUGAAUCCAUCGAUCCAUCACUGGCCAUCGGGUUUUAUUGCCAAGACAAAGGUGAUUUUGAUGAUUUUUGUUCACGGGCAAGUGAGCUGGCAGAAAAAUCAGAUGGUGCUCCACUAUUCACAGUAACCCAGACUCGCCAAUCACCAAAAUCGUGCAGCACCAGUAGAGCUCAGGAGGCCGAUUCCUUCGAUGUACCUGAUGAUGCUGAAGGCUCUGCACAAGAUGACUGGCAGCUACUUUGAUCUACUUUUAUAAUAUUUGUUGAUUCAGAGUCGCAGAAAGCAUGCACAGUUACUUCUUUGGUCAUGUUUGUGGUUUUUGCUAACGUCAUUGGGUAGUAUAAGUAUAAUACAGAAACUGUAAUUGGUGUUCGUAUGAUCUUAAACCUCAGAGGAGUUAGGUUUUGGCUUUGUUAGGACUUAGAAGUGUUCAUAUUCUUUUACAAAUGUCAGCUGGUUGCAAAUUGAUGCUAUCUAUUAUAUUCAAAAUCCGAGCAAA